UAAAAUGUUAUCACUUUUUUUUUGUACAUUUUGUAAAGUCAAAAAGAUGAUAAGAUUUUAAUUAUUACGAUUGAACAAUUGAAUUAAAAAAAUUGAAUUCAUAUACUAGAUUAAAAAUCACAUACUAUCAAGAUCAUAGUCAUGAUCUACUACCAUUCCUUCAUGUUACUGCAUUCCUGUAUUCCUUACUAUCCACUACAUUCGCAAAAUAAACAACACAUAUACAAGUAUACAAGCAUGAACUAUGCUACUACAGACAUCUCGAAACAAAGACGCAUAAGGAAUUUGUUCGCCAUAAGCUUACAACGCAAAAAACAUCAUCAUCGAACAACGUAAAAACGGAUUUAUUUGAUUCAAUGGAUUUAAUUUGGGGACUAGGUGUGGCAGCGGUCACAGGAACCACACUCUUUGUGGCAGCACCAGCUGCGCUAGCCGUGUUUGGUUUCACUGGAUCCGGGAUCGUAACUGGAAGCGCUGCAGCCGCUUGGCAGGCUUCAAUCGGGAACGUGGUGGCUGGCUCGGCAUUUUCGGCUUUACAAGCAGCAGGGGCUGCUGGUGUAGUAACCACCACCACAGGCGUUGCUGCAUCAGCAGCCGCGGGUGGCAUUGCAGCGGCAAUUGCCCACUGAUAAAAAAAAACUAUUUUUUCUUAAAUUAUAUCAUAUUGAUGUUGAAAUCAAACUAAUAAAAUUUGAACAAUA